GUGCCGCGGACGGGGCGCAGCUUUGGCCGGCUCUGCCUCUCUUGGCUGGCUGUCGAUUCGAGUGCAGUCAUGCGGCGCGGGUUUUGGCUCAGCAGGGAGGAAGGGGAGGCGGGCGCGAAGUGGCUGGCGGCUGCUCACACUGCGUGGCUGCGCCCGACUUGACUCCUUCCUGGCAGGCGACAUGAGCUUGAGAGCCUUGAGCACCACCGGUCCUCGGUCCUCUAAGCUUCCCAACGGCUACCUUCAUCUCAUCUCACGACAUCCUUCCCAUCCUUCCGACCAGCUGACUAGCUUCAAAGGCGAUCACGUCGACGACGACAGUGCCACUCGUCGCCGCUCAAAGGGUGAUGCUGAAGAGAGAGGCGUUUGAUCGCUCCUCCUCUUUGGCUCUCCUUGCCGUCUGGCCUGCUCCCUUCUUCGAUGGCGAAUUCCGCUGCGACAACGACGUCUUCUCCAGCAGCAGGCGCCGUUGAGGCCAAGAGCACCACAAGGACAAUGGCGCCGCUGCCAGAGAGAAGGGCGGGGUCCUCGCGAGUGCGUAGGUUGCCCAAGCACCUGCGAUCCCCCUCGCCACCCCCAGCCUGCUUCACUGCUCCAUCAACGACAGCAACUUCAGCAGCUGCGCAAGUUCAGCCAGCUUCAUCCACAUCUUCUUCUCACGUAGCGACAUCAGCAAACACCACUGCCACUGCCAAGACGGCUGGCGGGACAAGCAAAAAGCGUCAGACAUCCGUCACUCUUCUUGACCCCAAUGAGACCAGCGGGGAAUCUCGCAGACGCAGUCGUCCUUCUGGAGGCUCAAAGCCAAAGCAGACAGCAGCAGCAGCAGCGCCGCAGACCCAAACGACAUCCAAGGCCAAGGUACGACUCGCAGUCAAGCCCAUCGCCGACCAAUCCACUGGAGGCUAUGAGUCCGACGGCGGCCGAGCAGCGCCCGCCCCAACUGCAACAAGAGAGCAUGAUUGGGACGCACACGCCGAGGUGGACACCGAGGCAGACUUCGAUGCCAUCGCGCCGCCUCCACUCAUCUUCCAGCGCAGCAGUGUCUCCCAUCGCUCCUCUGGUCGAAGGACGGCUGGGGCCGGCGGUUUGGUCGCAGAGCGCAAGCGUCCUGCUGCUCGUACCUCGUUCCGCCAUGCGAGGACCAAGAGCAUGCCCUCAAUGGGCGCUGCCUUGCCUGUCUGGCAAAGGCAGAGUCGGCCCUCCCUCGAGGUAGAGCAACAGCACCACACAGCCACCCUGGAUGACGGCCAUAUGUCCACCGCAGACACAACGGACGGCGAAGAUGAGAACGACUUUCACCGCGCAAUGUUGGACGGCGACUUUGACGACGAGUAUGGCUGGACGUCCGCCGGGGCCAUUGAUACGCCCGCAACUACGCCGCGCAGCCCGCAAUCGACUUGCGAGCCGCUCUCUGCACUGACAGAAGACGGCAAGGACGAAGCGAGCAACAGCAACACCGACAAGAUGGUAGCGGACGCACAAGCUGCAAAGGCUGCAUCAGAGCGAGCUGCCCAAGAGCUUCACGACGCCGUUUUUGCCCGCGCCUUGCCAUCUUCGUCGAGGCGCGUACGCUCUCAUGCGGGUGCUCUGACUUUGUCGCUGCCCUUCGAUGAGUCGCCUUCGAUCAAGAAGGAGCAGCACGAUGAUGACGAGCUGGAUCGUCAGCAUUCAGCCAUCGCCCGCUUCUCGACCCCCACGCUGCGUCGUACCGCGUCGAAGGGCAAGCUCUCUCAGCUGCAGCUGUCCGCCUCCCGUCCAAGCGCCGUCAAACCUCACCCAACCAGCCAGGCCGACAACGAGACGACCUCACCCACGACCUCCCCGCCCAUGAGCCCCACACGCGCCCUCAUGGGUCUAGCAGCCCCACCACAUAGCAAGGCCUCCCUCGGCGUCUCGAUGUCGAUGACCAGCAGCCCCUUCCUCGCUGCCGUUCAUCGAUCAUCGCUCAGCCGUCCUGGAUCACCUCUCCCCACAUUCAAUCUGCCUGCUGCGGUGACGACGAGUAGCACCCUCGGCCCUCAUCAUUCGCCCGCUACAGCUGCUGGGGCGACUGCCGCCUCGCCCGCAUCGACUCACCAAGACCUCACCGACGUCUCCCCCUUCCCUAGUGCGAGUCCGCACGGCGCCGAGGAUGGCAGGGAUCUCGAUGAGGAUGAGCUUGAUCUCGACGGCAGUCGAAGCGCAAGCGUGGAUCAGGAGGAUGGCUCUUCGCCCAUCACAACGUACUCUUCUCCCGGUGCGGAGCACGACGAUGACGAGGCAAAUGCGCCGGCUGUCUUCGGCCUGCCAGAAUCGAUGGAUAUGAGCGCAAUCGAUGUUGCAUAUGGGGGAACGGGCAUGGUGGUGUGUGAGGCUGAGCCCGAGCAGGAGGAAGAACAGAAGAAGGACGCGAAGGAGACGCAGGAGGUCGAGGCUGAGCACGAGGUCGAGAACGAAGCUGAGGACGAGGGAGUCGAGGUGGUGGUUCAGGCUAUCGCAGAGAAGACGCCCGACCGACCUACGCGACGAGGGCUGCGAAAGGGCAAGCGCUGCCUUGAGGCUGCGCAGGAGGAAGAGGACGAGGAAACCAGUAGCAGGAAGGCUGCUCGUUCCCCUUCGCCAAUUGCAACGCCAGCAGCAGCCUCGCCCCCUCCACCACUCAAGCGAAAGUACAGCUCCAAAGCUGCAGCUCAACGAAGCACGCCCCGCCAGCAGCAGCAGCAGCGCUCUCGCGAAGGCAAGACAGCGGCAGCUAGCCCAGUGAGCUCCUCCACCUCUCCUUCGAGGACUAUGAGCACUCGUGCGACCACAGUGGCGGCAGGUGGGAGGGGCCGUCGCUCCCGCGGCGCGUAGAUGGCUUUUAGGAGAGGCCAGGGAGAGAGAGAGAGAGGCUAUCCAGCGACGUGAUGAUAUGCAGAUUGUGAUGACGUUGAACGACAAUUUCGAUUGAGAAGAAGAAGAUAUUCAUGUAACAAUAGCAGAAAAUAUAAACA